AUGGCCAUUUGCACCUGUAAAGUGAGCCAGGAAGCCGAGCCUGGGCUGUACAUUUUUAAUGCAGAGAAACCUGAGCUCCAGAGAGAGGGGAAGAGUCCCUAUAGAGGUAUGGGACUGGGCUCCAGAACAGGCCCAGACAGACUAUGGGGCCAGUCCUGCUCUCAGCCUUUGGAAAUGGCAAAAAUGACUCAGAGAAAGGACGUGGAUCUGGAGUUUUUCAGCCUUCCCUUGUCUAAGGCUUAUGCCAUUAGAAAACCCACUGAGUUCAUUCUUGGUGAUUUAGAGGGACUGACCGUGGCACAAUUAGUGGACAUCGCCACAGAAAACAAUGAGACGCUCAGAAUCAUAGUGAGAGGUCAGCUAAGAACAGAUGACAGAAGUCUGACAAGGCACCAAAUGGCUUCUACCCAAAGUGGUCAACGUAUCCAGGGCGAUGACAACCUGCAAUCCAUGCUCGUCGGCACGGUGAUGAGAAAAGUCAAGUCACGUACCUGGAAAAAACAACGUUAUUUCAGGCUGCAGGAGGACUGUAUGACUAUCUGGUACAAGUCCAAGAAGGCUGGAAAUGUCCACUCCACACUGUCUGUGAGCGAUGUGGAGGCUGUGAGGGAGGGGCAUCAGUCAGAGGUCUUGCUCAGUAUCGCCGACGAGUUCCCUCCAGAACGCUGCUUUACCCUCGUGUUCCGUGGCCGCCGUGGCAACCUGGACCUGGUGGCAGAGUCGGAAGAGGAAGCGCAGAUUUGGAUUAAAGGCAUACGGAAACUCAUCGAGAACAUCGAGAACAUGGGACAACGGGAGAAGCUGGAUCAAUGGAUUUGUGACUGGUUUAAAAAGGCAGACAAAAACAAGGAUGGAAGGAUGAACUUUAAGGAGGUCAGAGACUUACUGAAGAUGAUGAAUGUGGACAUGAAUGAGCACCAUGCUCUCAGACUCUUCACGAUGGCAGAUAAGUCUCAGUCGGGGACGCUGGAGGAUGAUGAGUUCGUGCUCUUCUAUAAGAUGCUGACGCAGCGUAAGGACGUGCUGCGGAUCUUUCAGGACUACUCCAGCGAUGGACAAAAGCUGACAUUACGAGAUCUGGAGGAUUUCCUGCAGGAGGAACAGCUGCACCAAGAAAGGGUUCAGCAAUAUGCAUUGAAGCUUAUUGAGCGCUAUGAGCCCUCUGAAACUGCGAAGAUGCUCCAUGCUAUGACCAUCGAUGGGUUCCUGAUGUACUUGAACUCUUCAGACGGGUCCAUAUUUAACCCACACACUCUGGGGAUGUACCAGGACAUGGCCCAGCCCCUCUGUCAUUACUUCAUCUCUUCCUCUCACAACACCUACCUGCUGGAGGACCAGCUCAGAGGCCACAGCAGCGUGGAGGGGUACAUACGUGCGCUGAAGCGUGGCUGUCGCUGCGUGGAGGUGGACUGCUGGGAUGGCCCUAACGGAGAACCGAUAGUUUACCAUGGUCACACUUUCACGUCCAAGAUCCUCUUUAAAGAUGUGGUCAUCGCAGUGGGGAACUACGCCUUCAAGGUAUCGGACUACCCAGUCAUCCUGUCUAUAGAGAACCACUGCAGUGUUGAACAGCAGAAAACCAUGGCCCAGCACCUCAACCAAAUCCUGGGAGACAAGCUGUUGAAGAGCACUUUAGAUGGCAAGAUUCCCAAUGGUCUCCCAUCCCCAGAGGAUCUGAAAGGGAAGAUUCUGCUGAAAGGGAAGAAGAUCGGAGGUCUAGAGGAGAGUCUGAAUGGGUCAGUGGAGGAGUCACUGACUGGAGAAGUUAGCGAUGAGGAUGAAACUGUUGACAUUGAUGAAGAUAACCAUCGCAACGACAGCAUACGUCGCAGAGCCAAGAAAUCAAAGCAGCGCCUAUCCAAGGAACUGUCCGACUGCGUGGUGUACUGCAAGAGUGUACACUUCAACAGCUUCAAACACUCCCGCAUCCACGCCAAGUUCUACGAGAUCUCCUCCUUCACUGAGUCCAAGGCCCGCAAGCACAUCAAAGAAGCAGGCGCUGAAUUUGUACAUCACAAUGCCCGUCAACUGACCAGGGUGUACCCGAGUGGCCUGAGAACAGACUCCUCUAACUUCAAUCCACAGGAUAUGUGGAAUGCAGGGUGCCAAAUUGUUGCUCUUAACUUUCAGACGGCGGGAGUGGAGAUGGACCUGAAUGAUGGGCUUUUCAGUCAGAACGGACGCUGCGGAUACGUGCUCAAGCCGGCAUUCAUGAGGAGCAAUGAGAGGAGGUUUGAGCCUGACAAUCCACAGAACAGAGACGACUACCGGCCACUCAGUCUCUCCAUACGGGUGAUAAGUGGACAGCAGCUCCCUAAAGUGAACAUUAAGGAGGGCUCUAUUGUGGACCCACUCGUACGAGUGGAGAUUCACGGUGUGCCACUGGAUCAGGCCAAACAGGAAACCAGAUACAUUGACAAUAACGGGUUUAACCCAGAGUGGUAUGACAAUCUACAGUUCAGCAUCCACACUCCUGAACUGGCACUUGUGAGAUUUGUAGUGGAGGACUAUGACAAAACAUCAAAGAAUGACUUUGUGGGACAGUACACAUUGCCUUUCUCCUGUAUACAGCAAGGAUAUCGUCACAUCCACCUGUUGUCUAAAGAUGGGACAAGUAUUCCUCCCUCAUCACUGUUUGUGCACAUCAGAAUCUCAGAGCUGACGUGA